AUGCGCACCCAGCACGCCCUCAUCGCUGCUGCGUGCUUUUUAGCAGUCUCCUACGCGCAAGAGGACGCAAAAUCUGGUGAGGAUUCGCCAAAAUAUUGGAGAGCAAUCCUUGGGGAUAUCUGCCAACUUCCAUCAUUCCCUCGAGCCACCGGUGAUCCGAAUAGAUAUGUGGAAUGUGUGAGACAAGCGGCUGAUGUUACGGAUAGAAAAGAUCUCGGCAUCUGGUUGUUGAGAGAAUGCCUUCCCGGUUACGAGUUCGUCGCCUCGGCUCGUCGCUGUAAAACGGUGCGAUCGGUGCGCAGACAGCAACAACUCUGCGAUGGACCAAACGCAACUUCUUUCCAAUUCUGCCCCACCUCUCACCUUACCUCAUUCAUGGUGGACGAGAUUCGCGAGGCUCCCCGCCAAUGCGCUUGCCCGAACGGUGAGAACAACUGUGUGUGCCCAUCGCCGGAAAUCCUCGAGCCAGUCAACCUACCAGUGAACUCUCCGAAAACCCGUCGAAGCCCUCAAAUGUCCACAACGGCUAAGAUCACCUUUUCUCAAUAUCAAAAUUGUCCUUGCCCUCAGCAACAGCCCCAAUGCAAGUGUGUCACUCAACAGAACAAUCAGCCAGUGGUCGCCUCAACAAUGUGCUGUCCUCAACAAGCCCCAACCACUCCCGCUCAACAAUGCAUGUGCCAACAGGAGACUCAACAACUUAACUGUCAAACGACGACCACUCAACAACAAUAUUGCCCCCAACAACAAGAAGUUGUUCAGCAGCCACAGGCUUGCCCAUUAGUGCAAGGAGGAGUGCAGAAUGCCGCUUAUCAGGGCAUCUGCUCGUGGAUGGUGGACCCGUUGGCGAGAGACCCCGAGAGUCGAACCCAUUUCCUUCAAUGUCAACCAGCUCCAAAUAAUCUUUACUGUGGAAGAUGGCAAAGGAUGCCGUGCGCACCGGCCACCGUUUUCGAUGAGCAAGCUCAAGUUUGCGUGUGGGACACCAGUGCUCAACCAGCCUCCCUUCCCACUCCAGCUCCCUAUGUGCCCACUCAGGCUCAACAGAACACCCAAUGCGGAUGCACUGGAGGAGUGCAAAUCGGAAGCUGCAACCAGAACUACCAAUGCCCGGGGCAAUCCGUCUGCCAAGUCGGACAACAGAAUGGAAAUCAGUGCAUGGUGUGCUGCUACUUCCGCAAGAAGGCAAAGAGAGCC